AAAAGAUUUUCAUUAAAUGCAUUGCUGUUUGUGAUUCAUAUUGCUUGCCAGAAGCUCGUCCUUGGACGGCCUGCUGGACGGGAGAGCACGCCUGUGUAACAUGUCUUGAUAAAAAGAGGAAAGGAAUGUUCCAGUAAGAUAGCCACAUACUGUUGUAUAGUCAUUUUUCUGAGAAGAGCGAAAAUACACCGCCCUGUUGUAUGGGCACCAGUGACUAUAAAUGCACGAAUAAAGAAGUACACUGUGUGACUCUCACUUGAGACGUUCACCCAUGUACAUGUGAUCAAGUAUUUUGUCUCACUGUGUUUCUGUUCGCCUUGGCAGACUUCUGUUUGGGAUUUUCCCUUAUCAUUUCUUGGUCCUUCGAGCCGGAUGGGACGGCCUAUUUAAAGCAGCUCCCACAAGAGGCACCUCACCAGAUCCCGUCGGUGAGAGAAGCCCACGUUGAAGUCUGUCGACAGCUCACGCACUAGGUGCGUGAUAAAGCCCAAGGACGUGAAUUCGGGUCUUGGCCAACGUCUUAUAAGUGGUCCGCACCGUCGGGGGCUGAUCGGGUGCAUCUGAAGAAACCAGCAUUAAGUAUCUUGCAGGUUGAAACCAGGUGAUUGGGUCCUGAUCCGAGUUCUCCACAGAAAGAAUUGGAGCUCGCCCCGUUGGGAAGGACCCUACCAAGUGCUCGUCACCACGCCAACCGCCUGUAAGAUAGCAGAAAGACCAUCUUGGAUUCACCAAAGCCACUGCAAGAAAGUGAGUGACAGCCCAGACUCAUAGACGCCGGCACCCCUACCCUCAGGUGAUCUGACUGGUGAAGGGAGGGCUGAUUGGGUAUAUCCCGCCCUCUGCUUCUUGCCAGUAGUCUACUCACCUGAGGACCUAGGUGUGUUUGGUCGCCAUGAAGACGCUUGUUGUCCUCGUGGCUGUCCUCCUACUCUCAGCAGGGCUCCUCAUGUUUCUAGAGGAUGGUACAGAAGACGAACAGCACCAUCUGCAGACAAGAUGGACGCACGACAACUCACACCUACAAGAAAUGACACAAGACCACAUCCACCCAUGGAUGAACAACGCCUGGUACCGCUAUGUACACGACAGAACCAAAGAAAACAACGGAAAUAACAGCGGAUGCUACGUCUGCUCCCACAUGCCGAGCACAUCAACUCACCCAACCCUGUAUGGACUCCUGAUGAACAAAACUCAAGCAAAAUGUGCUGCCAGUUUUGCAGGAAUAGGAUAUCAACACAGCGGCAUUAAAAACUCUGACACCAACCCAUAUUCCGCUGGGCUACAGAACGGAACCUGUGACCAGCUCUUCUGGAUUGACUUCAAUAUCACCAACAGGAAUACUUCAAUCCACUUUCCUGUUUUCCUAAAGGACGGAGAACAACAACACUCCAUGUGUUACGGACAAGAUGCUGGCAACCGGCCCCUAGGCAACACCACCAACUGUAACCAGACCACCACCAGUGGAGAAGGCGCACCCGUGAACAUGUCUGGGUCCAGCAACGGCACCUACUGGGUGCAAGGGAUGGCCUGGCUGUGCGGACAACGCGCCUACUUCAUACUGCCACCAGGAUGGACGCGCACCUGUGCCCCAAUCUUCAUAUCAGAUCACACUUUCAGGAUGACCGCAGCAAAUGCCACGUCUGCAACACGCAGGACAAGAAGAUCUCUGCUCCCAGAACCCCAACCACAUGACCCAGUAUACGGCAGUGAUGUACCGGAAGAGUUCAAGCUCUGGACCACUGGACAGAAGGUCCUUCACUCACUGUUUCCGUGGGUCGGAACCGGAAAGAACAUGCUAAGAAUUGAGACUUUGGACUACCGUUUUGGAUUAUUUCUGAACGCGUCAUGUAAAAUCGACCAGGAACAAAAUGAAGAAAUCGACGCAUUGCGAAUCUCCACUAUGCAACACAGAGUCGCACUGGACAUGAUCCUCGCUGAAAAAGGUGGACUAUGUGUGCUCUUCAACAACACAUGCUGCACAUACAUUCCUGACAAUGUUCACUCUCCCAACAUGACCAAAGCUUUACACACACUGAAACAACUCAGGGACGCCCAGCAGAAGGACUAUGUCACGAACACUUAUGACUGGUUUACUUGGCUGCUGAGUGGUUCCUGGAAAUCUCUUUUAAUAAAAGGACUGGUUUUUGUAGGAGUUCUUCUACUCCUACUCUGUUGUUUUACUUCUUGUAUCUUGCCAUGUGUACAAUCAAUGAUUAAUAAAGUUGUUGCAAUUCAUGUGCAGGCAUACCUGACACUGCCCAUGGACGAAGAUGAUGAUGAUCCUCCUGACACUGAAAUGCUGUGAUACACCAAUGUAUGACGUGCUGAUUAAAAAUGCGCUGCAAGAAAUCAUGCACAGAUAAUAGACCAAUGGUGUUUUAACUAGUAUGAAAGUUAAACAACAGGAGGGAAAUGUGAAAAGAUUUUCAUUAAAUGCAUUGCUGUUUGUGAUUCAUAUUGCUUGCCAGAAGCUCGUCCUUGGACGGCCUGCUGGACGGGAGAGCACGCCUGUGUAACAUGUCUUGAUAAAAAGAGGAACGGAAUGUUCCAGUAAGAUAGCCACAUACUGUUGUAUAGUCAUUUUUCUGAGAAGAGCGAAAAUACACCGCCCUGUUGUAUGGGCACCAGUGACUAUAAAUGCACGAAUAAAGAAGUACACUGUGUGACUCUCACUUGAGACGUUCACCCAUGUACAUGUGAUCAA